ACUGUGAAGUGAGUCGCAGAGGCGGAGCAGAGCCGGAGAGAAUCUAAGAGGAAGGAGAGUGAUGGAGAAGGGAAAGGCAGCAGCCCCUACUGGGUGUUACAAAUGCGGUCUUCCAGGCCACUGGUCACGUGACUGCCCUUCUUCUUCUGCACCUGAUUCAAACCCUAACCCUAGACCUUCCAAUUUCAACACUAACAGUUCCUCCUUUAGAUCUUCUUCUUCUUAUUCGAAACCUGUGGUAGCAGCGAAGCCGAAGAAGGUCCCUAGAAGCCGACCUAAGCUCACACCAGAGCUUCUCCUCUCUGACGAUGGUCUUGGCUAUGUACUUCGCCACUUCCCUCGCGCGUUCAGGUACCGAGGUCGGGGUCACGAGGUUAGCGAUUUGGGGAAUCUGAUCCGAAUGUACAGUGAAUGGCACUCCCAUUUGAUUCCUUAUUAUUCAUUUGAUCAGUUUGUACAUAAGACAGAACAAGUUGCUGCCACUCAGCGCGUUAAGACGUGUAUAAGAGAGUUGAGGGAAAGAGUUGCCAACGGGGGUGAUCCAACAAAGUUGCAUGAGCCACCUGCUGAACAUGAUGGUCCAAGCAAUGAACAAGAUCUUUCAAACCCUGGCGAAGGUGUCCUUCCCGAGGGACAAAGCCAUCAUGAGGGAGUUUCAUCUCCAAAGGUUAAUUCCGCAAAUGGCAUAGAAGAAGAUAUGCUUCAUGAUAUAUAUCAGAGGACGCUUGAAGAACAAUCUCAGGCAUUGGAUGGUGACAAUGUAGCUGGUGGUAGACCUUUUGUUGAAACCACUGUGAACGAAGUACCAAAUCAAGUGCCAAAUAGUGGAGAAAGCUGCUCCGAGGAAGAUCAGAUCACUGCAGAGCAAAGAGCUCGUAUGGAAGCUAACAGGCAGAGGGCACUUGAGAGAGCGGCGGCUCGUAAACGCUCAGCACAAGCUGCUUGAGGUGUUUUCUGUCUGAUGCAUGGUAAAGAAGAAAUUUCGUAUUUUGUUUCAUCUUUUCGUCGGUUGGUCUGUCUUAUGUGAUUACUGGAAUUGGAUAGACUUUCUGCCAAGAUUUUUUUGUCUGCCGUGACCUUAUAUACACUGCAUUACAUUUUGUAUUGGCAAUUUGGCACAUUUAAUAGACCACAGAAUGUAUUUGCCCUUGA